AUGCGCAAGUUGGACCUCAAUGGGGAUGGCAUAAUUACGCUAGGAGAGUACAAAGUUGCACUGAACAUAUCAAGUCAGCCUAUGGAUGCAUGGAAGGAGAUGUUUGAAGACCUUGACAAAGACGGAAGUGGAACAUUAACUGCCGACGAAUUGAAGGAGUUUCUUCGUCAAACGGGUUCCGAGGACUUGCAAGAGACCGUAGAUAACUGGAUGGAAGACUAUGACACAAAUAAGGAUGGCAAACUAAGUUAUCAGGAAUUUUUGGGAUUCGUCGCAUCUCUUGAAUGCUGA